UGUUAAUGGGCAUUACUAUGUACAGCAGCCUAUCCCAUCACCUCCCCUUGCAAACAACUAUGGAAAUGGGAAUGCGAGCAUGCACCAUUUAGGAGCUUCUUUCGACUCAGCUCAGUUCAAAAGUGCUCAGAUAGUUUUUACCUAUGAAAUGGUUAUGGAAAUGACCAAUGCCUUUUCUACUCAAAAUGUUAUUGGGGAAGGAGGGUUUGGGUUUGUUUACAAAGGUUGGCUGCCAGAUGGAAAAGCAGUUGCAGUAAAGCAGCUUAAGGCCGGCGGUAGGCAGGGAGAAAGGGAAUUCAAGGCUGAAGUGGAGAUCAUCAGCCGAGUUCAUCAUCGGCAUUUGGUGUCAUUAGUUGGUUAUUGCAUAUGCGAGCAGCAAAGAAUUCUUAUCUAUGAGUAUGUUCCUAAUGGAACACUCCAUCAUCACUUGCAUGCAAGUGGAAUGCCAGUAUUGAAUUGGGACAAGAGGCUAAAGAUUGCAAUAGGCGCUGCAAAGGGCCUGGCAUAUCUGCAUGAGGACUGCUGCCAAAAGAUUAUUCACAGAGAUAUAAAGUCCGCAAACAUACUUUUGGAUAAUGCUUAUGAGGCACAGGUUGCUGACUUUGGACUUGCGAGGUUAGCCGAUGCUUCCAAUACCCAUGUAUCAACUAGGGUUAUGGGGACCUUUGGGUACAUGGCUCCAGAAUAUGCAACAAGUGGAAAAUUAACGGAUAGAUCAGAUGUUUUCUCAUUUGGGGUUGUCCUCCUUGAGCUUGUAACUGGAAGGAAACCCGUUGAUCAAACUCAGCCUUUGGGAGAUGAGAGUUUGGUUGAGUGGGCUCGUCCACUUCUCCUUCGUGCAAUUGAGACACGUGAUUUUAGUGAUCUAAUAGAUCCAAGACUCAAAAAACACUUUGUGGAGAAUGAAAUGCUCAGAAUGGUUGAGGUGGCCGCCGCUUGUGUUCGCCACUCAGCUCCUAGACGGCCUCGUAUGGUUCAGGUGGUAAGAUCCUUGGAUUGUGGAGACGAAAGUUCUGAUCUAUCUAAUGGGGUGAAAUAUGGUCAUAGCACGGUUUAUGAUUCUGGUCAAUAUGAAAAAGAAAUUAUGCUAUUCAGAAGGUUGGCCAAUGGAACCUUUGUUGAUUCUGAUUUUGAGAUAUAUAGUAGAGAAUACAGUUUGUCAAGAGACACCUCAAUGACCUCAAGAGGAUCCCACCAAGAAUUGAUACGACAUAGUUCUAGUGGGAGUUUGAAUCUAGAGCUAUCAACAUGCAUAGGACCAGUAUUGAAUGAAAACAGGGAUUGAGGGAAAGCACACAGCAGCGCAGCACUGACCAAUGGGCAUAGAUAUAAUGGAGUUAGAGGCUGCUGCUUUUAACCCAAUUAGAUUCCCCAAAUUCUUCUAAUGGACCAUGACACUGCAUGACCAUCAAACCACAUCCCAUCCUGUAUAGAAGCUUCACUUAAUCCUUUUUUCUCUAAUUUUUGCUCUAUUUUCUUUCCCUCUUUUUUUUUUUUUUUAAUUUGAGGGAAUGUUGGCAGCUUGUAAAAAGAUAAGUUUUUUGAGGUCAUUUUUUUAAUCACUAU